AUGGAAGAGGUGGGCAUUCUGAGCACGCCCGUUGUGGGCCACAACGAAAGUGUAGCGAUUGGAUCUUACGGCUCAUUAAUGGCACAAUUGAACAGUAACAAUAACACCACAAUCAACGGGAACUCCGACCACUAUUUAAGACUCAAGAAGCUGGAAAAGGAGCUGGAGCUCUUGAAUUUGCAAGAGGACUAUAUCAAGGACGAACAGCGCCAUUUGAAGCGUGAACUUUUAAGAGCUCAGGAAGAAGUUAAACGUAUCCAGUCUGUGCCUUUGGUGAUUGGGCAGUUCUUGGAACCAAUUGACGAAAACACUGGUAUUGUAUCGAGUACGACGGGCAUGAGUUACGUCGUGAAGAUAUUAUCCACACUAGAUCGUGAAUUGCUAAAACCAUCCACAUCGGUUGCUUUGCAUCGUCAUUCUAAUGCUCUGGUUGACAUUUUGCCACCAGACUCGGACUCUAGCAUAUCUAUCAUGAGCGCUAAUGAAAAGCCUGACGUUACAUAUGCAGAUGUUGGUGGUCUAGAUAUGCAAAAGCAAGAAAUUAGAGAGGCGGUCGAGCUACCUCUGGUCCAAGCAGACCUCUAUCGACAGAUUGGUAUCGAUCCACCCAGAGGUGUACUUCUCUAUGGACCACCUGGUACCGGUAAAACUAUGUUGGUCAAGGCUGUGGCUAACAGCACGAAUGCCGCUUUCAUUAGAGUAAAUGGGUCCGAGUUUGUUCACAAAUAUCUUGGUGAAGGUCCAAGAAUGGUGAGGGACGUUUUUAGACUGGCAAGAGAAAAUGCUCCAUCGAUUAUUUUCAUCGACGAAGUAGACUCCAUUGCCACCAAACGUUUUGAUGCACAAACUGGAUCGGACCGUGAGGUGCAGCGUAUUCUAAUUGAAUUACUAACACAAAUGGACGGGUUUGACCAAAGUGUGAAUGUCAAAGUAAUCAUGGCAACUAAUAGAGCAGACACUUUAGACCCAGCUCUUUUGAGACCUGGUAGACUGGACAGAAAAAUAGAAUUCCCAUCGCUAAGAGAUAGACGUGAACGUCGUUUAAUUUUUGGUACCGUUGCGGCCAAAAUGGCGCUGGCACCAGAAGUCGAUUUGGACUCUCUGAUUAUAAGGAAUGACCCGCUCUCAGGUGCUCUCAUUGCAGCCAUUAUGCAAGAAGCAGGCUUACGUGCCGUCAGAAAAAACAGAUACGUCAUCCUGCAGAGCGAUUUAGAGGAAGCUUAUGCUGCCCAAGUAAAGUCUAGCAGCGAUGUCGACAAAUUUGAGUUUUAUAAAUAA